GAAGGAGUACGAUUGACACCACUCGGGAGGAAACCAACCUUCUAAAUGCAUAGUUUGCAUGGUUUUCUUUAGCGCGGAGCCCACUGAGAAUGCUCUUUGAUAAGACAUAGCAGAUAUGUCCACGAUUCAAAGUCCAGUAGAUGAAUAUGGCUUCCAUCGACCUGAUGACUUUGAUUAUUCAAGCUAUGAAGAAUUUAUGUCAAGUUACAUUAGGAUCCUGGCUAGAAGAGCUUCAAGGUGGGACAGCUUCCUGAGGGGUGUAAAUAAAGUGAGGAAAUCAAGACGAGUCAAGAGGUUUGUCAGGAAGGGAGUUCCAUCUGAGCUCAGGGCCCAGGUAUGGGUAGACAUCAGUGGAGCAAGAAAGAAAAUGAAGUUAAACCGUGGUAAAUACCAGCAAUUAACAGGAGAUAGUUCACUGGAUGAACAGACCUUGCAUGCUAUACAGACAGAUAUUGACCGUACCUUUCCUGAUAACAUUCAUUUUUCCAACAAUCAAGCUGACUUGAGGCCUGCUUUGUACAAUGUUUUGGUUGCUUAUGCAAAACACAACCCAAGGAUAGGCUAUUGCCAAGGUCUGAACUAUAUAGCUGGGUUGAUGCUUCUCAUUGUUAGAAAACAGGAAGUGGCUUUCUGGCUUUUGGAUGUUAUUGUUGGAAAGCUUUUGCCAGAUUAUUAUGCUAAGGACAUGUUUGGACUCCAAGUUGAGCAAGAGGCUCUACGGGAAGUAGUCAGAGCCAAGAUGCCAGAUUUGUUUGAGCAUAUAGAUAGACUUGGUGUAUCUUACACCAUCUUCUCUACGAAGUGGUUCAUUUGCCUUUACAUCGAUGUACUUCCAGUUGAGACAGUGCUUCGCAUCUGGGACUGCCUGUUCUAUGAAGGAUCAAAAGUGAUCCUCAGAGUAGCACUGACAAUGAUGAGUCUUAACAAGGAAAAGCUGCUAGCUUGUCAUGACUUUGCUCAACUGUGUACAGCUAUGAAGGAAAUAACUCAAGGACCUUCAACAAUGGACUGUCACAGAUUCAUGGAGCAUGCUUUUGAGAUUCCUGGCUCCUUUUCAAGAAGAUGGAUAAAGGAACUGCGUAAAGCUGCAACAGAGAAAAUAACUGCAGAGCAACAAGCAAGGCAACCACGGACAUAAAAACGAUUCAUACAAAAUUAAUAUGCUUUUAAUAAUAAUUACAAUUCUGUUAUUGAUUUUCUUGUCGGUUGGUCAGUUGGUCUGUUGCUGGUUUUCUGUUAGAACAUUGCAAACAUGGUAAAUGGAGAAAAUUUAGAACUUUUAAAAGUUUUAUAAUUUAUGGGUCAAUUGAAAGUGAAGUUUUUUGGUAACUAAUAGAAAUGUUACAUGGAAUACAAUGUUAAAUGGAAUACAACAGAUAUUUAGAUCAUUUUUAUGUCCACUGAAGCUGAGUUGGAACAUAUAUUUUCAAAUUUAAUAAUAUAUCAUCAUAUAAGAAGUUACGGUGAUGUAACAAUUUUGGACUAAUCGGGUGCCCUUUAUAAUUUUGUUACAGUGUAAUACAAUUUGGACAGUCUGACUUGGUUCUAGAAAUUUAAUUUAACAAUUGUAAAUAACUUAUUUGCUUGAAAUUAGAACCUCAUUCUAAAACUGUGACACUUACAAUGUGAGGAGGAUUUUUACUGUUUUGUUAAUGACUCUGAGAUGUCCUUCAAUCAUAAGUUAGUAACCACGCACGAAUUUAAACAUAUGCUAAAUUUAAACACUAUGCUAAAUUGGAAAUAGAAAUUUAAAAAGUUAACCGUCGCUGUUCACCUCAGUUCUCUUUGCAACGCAGAAUUUGGUCAUUUCACGUUGUUGUUUUGCAGAGGACGACGAAAACAAAAUUGCCAAGAAUUAUAAUGCACGUGCGUGGCAAUUGUACUGGCGUUGCCAUUAUAGUUUUCUUAAAUUCCCUAUUAAUGAAUUGCUACUCACUUGAAACGAAAUUUUUACCUUGAAAGAUAUUGUAUUCUUGACAGGUUUUAAACAAAACCAGGACUUGCAUACAUCACUCAGUUAGAUUUGUACUUUCUGUGCGUUUGGUCUUUUUUAACAAUUUUUUUUAAUUUGUACAAAAUUAACAGAUUUAAUACAUAAUUGCUUUUAUGCUGGUUCACCUGGUUGUGACUUGAAAGUAAAUAAAAUGUGCAGAAAUGUGGUUGA